AUGUUUGCGCUCACUGGCCUGGUGCGGAUACGCACGAGCAGCUCCGCCCCCCACAGGCGGUGGAGCUGCAUAAGUCAGGCUCGGUGGGCAGCUGCGCAUCAGUGCGCAAAUGUUUCAAUGCCUGCCUCCCUCUCCUCGUCCCAGUCCUCUUCCUCGCUUCUCUCUAUUUUCGUCCUCGCCCCAACCCCGACCUCCGACGGCAUUUUUUGUUGGCCAGGGGUCCUCCGUGCCGGCAGUGGUUACCAUUUCCACGGUCUCGAUUUCCGGAGGAUGUCUGCUGCCACGAUCUCGACGUGCACGAUUUGA